CAUCAGUGAGGCCUACUUCAUAUUGGGAUCUGUAGCUCCGAAAGCAGCCAAAGAUGACGCUUCUGGCAUCUGAACAAUCCAUGCUCAUUCGAAGAAGAUUUCGUUCUGUGCUCCAAAUGCGAAUGCAGCAUCGGAGGUCCCAAGAACAGCUCUCUGAACGACACUUAAUUCCAGGGCUCAGCAAAUCCCUCCCAACUUUCUCGCAGCCUAGUGGGACACAAGGGCAGACCAGGGCCAAUGAGACUGCCAAGCUCAAAGUUUCACCCCGGCCUCACAAGACCAGCUCUGCUAAGGGCCAGCUGGCUGAAGCGUCUCAAGGGGACCGUUCCGAGUUGCAGGAAAAGAAGGCUCGCUUGGCCGAAGACUUGAGCGAGAAGAUCUUGCAUCGUCCUGGGCCACUUGAGUUGGUGAAGAAAAACAUUCUCCCCUUGGAGCCUGGUAUCACGGAUGUGGUGGCAGAUGCAGCCCGUUGUAGAACUCCAGAGUCCUUCAACUUUGAAGAAGAUCUUAGCAGUUCCUCUUCCUCCUCCUCCCCAUGUUUUGCAUUGUCUCCAGGAAGUGGUCAAGGAAAUCCUUCCACUUCAGAAGCAGUUUUUCAACUGGACCUGCCCCCAGUCCUGGUGGAUCAACAGCCUGCUGUCACUUCAUCUACCUCUGAUGCUGAGUUCUCUCUCCAAGGGGGAAGCCUCCUCAAGCCCACAAUUUCACUCCCGAAGGCCUUACACAAAGUUCCUGAGGCUAGAAAGGCACCUCGACCCAAAAAGGCCAAGGAGCCCCGGCCCAAAGUCAAGAAGCUGAAGUACCACCAGUACAUGCCUCCCGAUCAGAAGGGGGAGCAGGCUCCCUUGCCCAUGGACGCCGCCUACGCUCACCUCCUGCAGCAACAGCAGGUUUUUCUGCAGCUCCAGAUAUUGAAUCAGCAGCAGCAGCCCAUGCCCACCUCCCCAGCAACCUUCUGCGUUCAGGCUCUCCACGCCGUUCCCGCCAGCAAUGGUCCAGAGCAACUUUUGAAUUUCCCUGGGACUCCGGCUCCCACAAGUGGGCCUCCAACACUCCCUCUUCCUUCUCCAGCCACCCCAAUCUCUCCUUUGCCACCAAAACCGGAACUCUUACCUGCCAACUUAGAAGAGCUCACGGUCUCUGAACUCCGCCAGCAGCUCCGUAAGCGGGGCCUUCCUGUUUCGGGCACCAAGCCAGCCCUGCUGGAACGUCUCAAGCCUUACCAGGUGGCCCGGGUGAAGCCCCCACCUGCGCCACUCCCCAGCACCCGCUUGGCACCUCCUGAGUUGGAAGAAGAACCGCAGGCCCUGCAGGAGAAGCAGCGGGUGGUGGAGAAUCUGGCGCUGAAGCUCCAUCGAGAGCUGAAGCAUCACGACAGCGACCCGCGAGAGGAGCUGGAGCUGCACAAGCAGAUCAAGAAUCGCCGGAAGGGAGCAGUGCAGUCACCUGGCCAGCAGGAGGCUCCGCCCCCUCCUUACAUCCCCAAGAGAGAGUGCGCCAAGGAGGGAGGAGGCACCGAAGACAGGUUCAUGGUUUUAUGCCCCACCUCGUGUGAGCCAAUCCAUUCUGAUAUGGAGCUGCCGCUCGAGAUUACAGCCAGCCCUCCUGAUUCAGCCCCAGCCACUCGCUCCCUUGAGGAAGAACUCCAAGAGGCCAUUCAAAAGGCUCAGCUGGUGCCAAGCCAAUCCAUUGAAGAGAUUUUAGAGGAACCACUGAUAUGUACAGCUGACAUUCUUCAAGCACCUGCUUUGACCUCAGAGGUUUCUGAUCAAGUUUCCUUGUCCCCAUUGGUCCACCAAGAAGCAUCACCACCGAAGAAAACCUGCUCCAGCAAUGAGCCACCUUUGGUGCCCUCUGCCAUCUUUGAUUUUCCGGGACCCUACGAUUUCCUUUCGACAGCCUCCUCUUCAUCUGCAUCACUGGAUUCGCUGUCCUCUGUUUUCUCCCCUGACUCUCUGGAGAUGCCGCCAUCUCCUCCAGAUGUCUGGCAAGGAAGUGGGACCCGUGCCGGAUUUGACCCUGUUGAUUGGCUAGAAGCCUUGACGUCGGGUUCAGCAUCAGGUCUCGGCUCCGCCAGUCCGGUUGGUAGCAGUAUCUUCUGUACAGACCUUUUUGAUUCUUCUGACUUGGGUGUCAACCACAUGAUAGACCUAAUGGUGGAGCAGUGGUAGUAAGGGCACAAACAGCAGUCUGGUCCCCAAUGCUUGAUAGAAAAGGGAAGCAUCUUCUUUUUAUCCUUAAAAGGUCAUCGUGGCACUAGAAUCCAGCUAGAUUGGGCAGUAAUACUAACAUCAAGCAUCAUCGUGCAUGGUCUUCUUUCUGUUAAUGACAUGUCCAAUUGCUCCCUUGGAAGAAUGAAGCCAUUGUUGUCUGGAUGGUAUCAGUCUAUACUCAUCUUGUAUGGCCAGACAUGCCAGAAAUCCUGGCAUUCAGUUUGGACAGAUAAAACCAAUGACCAAUCACCAUUCAGCCACUUCAAAUUCAUGACAUUAUGGCUUCAACUUACUGUGAAGUAAAAAAAAAAAGUAUUGGUUUUCUGUAAUGUCAACUUUUAACAUCACAACAUAAUGAAAUAAGUUUUAGAAACUGGUUUCAUGAAACAGUUGAUACUUAGGUUCUUAACAACUUUCUGUGCCACCUUAGGAUUUAAAAUGUUGUGUUGGUUGUAUUUGCUACAUUGAACCUUGAUUAUUUGCCUGAUGCCAACUUUGGAAACUAAUAAUUCUCGAAAUCAUGACAUCUCCAAGAGGCCAUAUUUUAUCAGUUGAAGCAUAAUGUCAUUUUUAGACAUAUCUGGACAGUGAUGUUGAUUUAGAUGCUAUAUAUCUGAGAAUGACAUGCACAUAUUCUAGCUUGCUUGAGCAUGCUAUCUUAUUUUGUUCAGUGCCAACUCUGAAAAACAAAUUGGGAUUGUUCCAUCUUGAUGUGAUGGAGAAGCUUUGAUUUUCAGGGGCCAUGAGAAGAGACUGCAACAGGAGCUGCAGCCUCCCGUUUCUUGAAAAUAUGGCAUGGGGGUAGGAGAAGAACAUCUUCUCUUUUAGGGAUGAUAUCUUAUUUUUGUAGCUGGUCAUAAAAAGAUGCCAUUGGAACAGAAGAUGCCAUCUUUGGUGGAUUGUGCCUUUCUAAUUCUUAUUUUUUGUCAUUUUUACUUGGUGUUAUGAAACAAAAGGAACAGAUGCAUACAGAUUCAUAUUUACACAGGUUCAAAAUCAUUCUUUGGGCUGGUGGUGGAACAACACCCUAAGGGUGUUAUGUAAGAAGAUGUCUACUUUUUAAUGGAGAUGGGUGGCAUUGGUGCCUUUUGUUCCAGUAGCCCAAGGUUGCUGGGAGAUUUAGGCCAAUGUGUUUAUCCAAACAUUAGCAGCUAGCUGUGGCAAUUGCUCACCAUGCUGUGUGAAAAUAUAGGGCACAUCAAAACAAAUGUUUGAUCUGGUUGAAUUAUCUCUGCUAGAAUUUCAGGUCUGGGAGGACGUACUUGGGCACACUGUCAUAAAAUUCACAUGGAACCCACCAAAUUACAUUUCCCCAGCUUAUUUGACAGGAAUGCUAUAAAAGGUAGGCAAAUGAAAAGUGACUAAAAACUUUUUUUUGUAAAGGUAUUCGCUUCGGGUAUAUUUGUACCUGUACUAUAUUCCCAAAAGUUACAGGGUGCCUUCCAGACCUUGUUGGGACUACAACUCCCAGAAUUGCCAACUAGCAUUCACUUGGCUACUUUGGUUGGAGAUUAUCAGUUGUAAUCUCAACUAUCUGAGGGAGCACAAGAAUUGGAAACGAGAUCUGUAACAACAAUUGUUAUAGAGAUUCUCAGUCAUCCAGGUCAUGGUGUCCCAAAGUUGCUUUUACAA